AUGCUCUUCUCGCUCCGGGAGCUGGUGCAGUGGCUGGGCUUCGCCACCUUCGAGAUCUUCGUGCACCUGCUGGCCCUGCUGGUGUUCUCCGUGCUGCUGGCGCUGCGCGUGGACGGCCUGGCCCCCGGCCUCUCCUGGUGGAACGUGUUCGUGCCCUUCUUCGCCGCUGACGGGCUCAGCACCUACUUCACCACCAUCGUGUCGGUGCGUCUCUUCCAGGACGGGGAGAAGCGGCUGGCCGUGCUCCGCCUCUUCUGGAUCCUCACGGUUCUCAGCCUCAAGUUCGUGUUCGAGAUGUUGUUGUGCCAGAAGCUGGUGGAGCAGGCUCGGGAGCUCUGGUUCGGCCUCAUCACGUCUCCCGUCUUCAUUCUCCUGCAGCUGCUCAUGAUCCGCGCCUGCCGGGUCAACUAGCCUCGCAGAGGGGGCCGGAGAGGGAGCUCGCUCUCCACAGCCAGAGUGCUGGGCCCAGAGCUGAGGACCACCCCGGAAGUGUGAGGGCGCAGUCUCCCACCGCCCUGGACGAGAAGUCUGGGUCUGAAAGCAACUGCAACUUGUACCCUGCGGAGUGCUCCCUUUUCUCUAGGCCGGCCAUGUCUGAAACUGUUCCCUCAGCAGGGAUGAAAAAUCCUUGAUGCUUAAAAUCUAUUUCCUGUUGUUUCCUUUGAAUAGCGCAUCUGCAUUGAAAUCUUGCGAUGGACCCAAGCAUGACAGGCCUGAACUCCUCUGGCAGCUGGAAACGGCAUAGAAGCAAAAUGUCCUAGCGGGCUCAGUAUUCUCAUGGAUCCUGGGAAAGUUUCCUUUAUGCUCCGGCUGCGAAGUCAGCCGGCAUCACUGACCUCAGAGCUCAUGGUCCCAUUAACCCAGACAAGGCUGCCUUAGGUGUCUGAGCUCUAACAAGUGUAAAGCAGCUGGUAUCUCCUCCCCCCGCCGCUGGGGAGAGAGGUGGCCCUUCCUUCAUUCCAGCCAAGGCACCCAGGACGGUGUCGAAUAAGCAUGAUCAGGACCCUCCCUGUCUGGAGCCCUGGCACCUGAGAAAAGAACUUUGUGUUCCAGACUCUGCUGGGCUUCCGGUCCCAGCAGGUUGCGGGGUGAGGACUUGUCCGCCACCUGGUGGCCAGCACCGUGAGCGCACCUGAGAUAUGUAUAGACCUCACUAAGGGACCAGAAAGGGGAAGGUGCUCUGAUGCUCAGAGGCAUUGAGACCUGCAGCCGGAAGCUCGCAGAGGGUCUCGGCUCCCAUUUGUUGGCCUGAGGGCUUUGGUUUGGUACCAUUCAGGUGCCGGAUGAGAACAUUUGAGAACAUUUGCUGAGAUAAGAAAAUAAAAUAGAAUGUUUUGCUGAA